AUGAACUUCAUCACGAGAAUAGGAAAGAAAGCCAAGGCCGCCGCCGCGGCGGUGGUUGAAGAGAAGCCAGCCAAGGAAAACAACUUGAAGGAGAACGCGGUGAACGAUAAGAAGCAGGCAGCUCCCAAGGCAACCGAGAAGGGAGAAAAAAACCAGAAGGCUCCCAAAAAUGAUAAGAAGAUCACCCCCAGCACGGAAGACGAAGGAGCGGCAAAUGUGCAACUUAAUGGAAGCGUAAACAAGAAGGAAAACGAAACGGACGGUAAGAAGAACAACGCCAGUGGUGCAAAUGACAGUAAAGCUGAGCAAAACGAGAAUGCUCCACAGAAGAAGAAGAAAGUCAACAAGAAUAGCAAGAAGGAGGCUGCUUCUCCGGGGAAUCUAAACGAGGACUCCAUGGAGGAGGAGAAGGUGAACGAGAGCCUCGCGCAGGUCAAGCCGAAAGGUGCGAAGAAGGAUGAGGCGAAGAAGGUCGACGGGAAGAAGGCUGAUGCGAAGAAGGACGACGUGAAAAAGGUCGACGGAAAGAAGGCCGAUACGAAGAGAGCCGAUGCGACGAAAACCGAUGUGAAGAAGACCGAUGCGAAGCAGACCGAUGCGAAGCAGACCGAUGCGAAGAACGGCAAUGCAAAGAACACCGACGUGAUGAAUGAUGAACCCAAGAAGGACAUGAAAAAGGAACUCAAGCUGAAGGAAGACGAAAGGAAAAAAAUCGAAAACGAUUUAAACAAGAAGUUUCAAAAGUUUAGCAAACAGGAUAACAGUAAAAAUAUCAACGACAAGAUGGAGGCAGAAGUAAAGAGAAAAAGCGAGUACGAAAAUUUAAUCACCUCAAUUAAUACCUCCAUUUCGAAGCUAAAUGCACAGACACCGAGGCCGACUAACAUGAAAAUGUCCGCAGCAGAUGUAGAAAACAAAUGCAAAGAAGCGAAACUGAAGAAGAAAAAAAUGAACCCCAAGAAUGAAGAAGAAAUGGAAGAAGUAAACACUUAUAUUAACUACCUAGAGGAACAAUUAAAUAUAACAAAAAAUUACGAAAGCUUUAAAAAUUUUCAAAACAGACUCAUCACUUUGAGAAAGUCAUGUGAGGAGAAGCUAAAAGAGAAUGUGAAGAGUCUGUCCGAAAUUAAAGUGCAAGAAAAGAAACUACGCUUUGUUGAUAAAAUUAUAAAAUUUAAAAAGGAGAAACAUAAUGUAACCAUUGUGGAGGCAGACAUCACGAACAAAGAAUUUGUCAUGGCUAGUGAUAAAUACAACCAGUUAAUUAAGCCAUUCAAUUUUAUUAAUAAGAUUCAGAGUAAAUAUGUCGUGUAUGUGGACAAAGUGAAUAACAAUAACUUUGAGAAUAAAGUGUCGUUAUUCAUUUCAGGGUGCCGAGAAGAUAUAGAAAAUUUCAUAACGCACAUAAAGAAUCUCGACUUAACGGAAAAAAAUUACUUAUAUAUGCCAAACAGGACCUUUAAAUCCAUGCUGAAUAUGCAUGAAGGUAGCUUCAGAAAAAUGGAAGAAGACACAAAUGUCCUGCUGCACAUAGAUAAUGACACGUUAUACUACUGCGGAAUGAAGAGUGAUAUAGAACGCUUAAAAGAAAUAAUCGAAAAGGCCAACACUGAACAAAGUGCUAACACGAAGAAUAUUUCCAAAGAUAUCAAACUAGAUUCUGUUCUCGGAAGAGGAUUCAACAAAAGUUUAUUAAAAGGGAUAGAGGCGAAAACCAACACAUUUAUCCGCAUGAAUUACGAUUCCAAGAGUUUCGAAGCCUGGGCUACCAUCAAGGGGAAUAAAAGCAGCGACGUAGAAGAAGCGGAGGAGAAACUCAACGAAAUUAUAAACGGAUUAGAAUCCAAAUUUGUCGAAUUCGAUGAAAGAGAAAUGUUUAAUUUGUACAAGAGAUGUGCCUACGAAUUGAAUGACAUAAAAAUGAAUUUGAAUCUCUUUGUCGUACGUCAUGACAAUGGCAUUAGCCUCGUAGGAAAAGGAGAAAACAUUCAGAAGGGAUUAGAAAUUUUGGAUUAUGUCAAAAAUGUCAUAUCCGCUAAAUCGGUGAAGAAAAAAGUAACUGAGGAAGAAGCCUACCUUUUCAACGCCAACUACAGAAACUACAUCAAGGCACAAACUGGCGCCGAGGUAAAAAUAUUUAACAAAACGAAUUAUAAAGAAUUAAACAUCAGUGGGAAUAAGAACGAUAUAGACAAUGCUUUGCAAUUAAUCGAUGAGUUACUAGAGAAGAGAAAAUGUGUACAUGUCGAAAUUACCGAAAAGGUAAUUGCCAUGCUCCUGUCAGCCAAAGCACACAAAAUCAAAGAAAUAGAAAAAGACACAUCCACAAGUAUUCAGAUAAACAAAAAUAACCACGUGGCACAGAUUUAUGGACAUGAAGAAAAUAUUGCCCUAGCUAAGGAGGUUUUGCAAAACUUGUUGCAAUCGGAUGAUAAAGAAGAAAAAUAUAAUACCAAUAAUAAUUACAUCACGGUCGAAAUGGUUGUCGAUACGGAACACAUUGGAAGCAUUAUUGGAAAGAAAGGUAGAACCAUUAAUAAAAUCCAGGAAGAAACAUUUGCCAGAAAAAUACACAUCGAUAAGGAUACAAAGAAGGUCCUAAUUCAAGGCACUCCAAAAACGGUCGAGGCGGCCCAGAAGGAAAUCUUAAAAAUUCUUAACAGAAGCAAAGAAGAAAACGGCCAGAAUAAUACAUACCAGAAUGAUCGUUAUAAAAACUUCAGUCAUUCGCUCACACCGAAUAGGAGGAGCCCUUACCAGAGCGGCAGCAACAACACCAGGUCAGGCAACAGGUCUUCUCACCGACCCGAUUCGGCCAAAAACGGCGUGUACAUAAACACGAAUGAUGAGAAGGCCUUCCCCAGCCUCCACGACGUCAGUAACAUUCAAUCCAGGAAGACGAAGAAGGCCAUCAACCAGGCUAACGUGAAGAGGCAAGACGAACAGCAGCAGGCAGCUGAAGCGGCGACGGCCGACAAGCAGUAG